GUGUCCGUGUUUUUCUGAGACAGUACGUAGAGAGUAGAGAGUAAAAGCAGGGAGAGGAGAGAGUAGAAUGAAUCAUUGAAAAAGGAAGCAGAAACGACGAGACUUGAGUGCAGUGUGUGUGUGAUGAGCGGCGAGGACACCAGAAAGAGCAUCGGAGGAGGAACUCUGAUGGCGAGGCCCAAUUCCGACGAACAUGCUCCAAAGCCAUCGUCAGCAACAGCAACGCCCCCUCCCACCAAGAAGAUCAUCAUCAAGAGUGCCGAUAUGCCCCCCGACUUGCAAAGGGAGGCCGUUGAUAUCGCCGUCUCCGCAUUUGAGAAGUGCAAUGUCGAGAAAGAUGUUGCGGAGCACAUCAAGAAGGUCUUCGACAAGAGGCAUGGUCCCACUUGGCAUUGCAUCGUUGGUCGCAAUUUUGGUUCUUAUGUGACUCAUGAAACAAACCACUUUGUUUAUUUCUAUUUGGAUCAGAAAGCAGUUCUGCUUUUUAAGUCUGGCUAGCAACAUGCUGAAGGUGACAAAAAUGUUGAAGAGUCUUGUGAUUAUGCUGUUAUAUUAACUCUUGUAUGUAUUGAAUCCUUGGUAGGGCAAACUCUUUGAUAUUCUUGUCCUUGUAUAUCUAACUUCAUGCAUCUUGAUCUUUCUGCUUUACUUUGUAUUUUAUUCGAUUUGGGAGUCUUGGGAACACAUAAUGUCUCAUUAACAUUUCAAAUAUUUGUGACUUGUCAGACCUUAAAGGCUGUGUAUGUAACUUGUGACAACUUCACAUGGACAGGGUUAGCCGAUUAGGUUCCAAAGAAUGGGUUUGCCUUAGUGAUGUCAACAUUUCACUUGCAUUCCUUAGGUGGAAAUUUACAUUUGACAUGGUGAAUAUUACAUUUGAGAAUCCUGUCAAUGGUGGAAUGUUGAGGAUCC